UGCAGCGGGCAGGCGGGGAGUAAGAACCUUGUUGAGGAUUAUAAUCUCUAAUCUGUUCUUUUUAGAAUAUGCCCAACGCCGGUCUGUCGUAAUUUGCCAUUUGUGGCGGGCGAUAUGGCGGCAAAGACUGGCGAGGGGAGGAGCGAUGGCCAGAAGCAGAAAGAGUGGUCAUUGUGCGGCGCCAGCGGGAAGAGUGGGGAUGACCCCCUAAAGGAAGCAGCUUUCUUCACGGCCAAGGAGCCUCCUCGCCAACCAGAUUAUGAAGAUUUGACGCAUCUGCCGGCAGGCGAAAGACGGUGGCUGCGCGUCAAAAGCCGGGAUUAGUCGGUUCCGGCCUGGACCAUGAGGCUGGAGCGCGGACGGCGGGCUUCGCUGGCGCUCACCCUCAACUUUAUGGCAUUUGUGUUCGCCCUGUCGGCCGUGUGCACCAGCCACUGGUGCGAGGGCACCAGGAAGGUGGCCAAGCCCUUCUGCACGGGGCCGCCCAUCCAGGUCAAGCAGUUCUUCUGCAUCCGCUUCAACAGCUCCAACAUCAACGACAGCCGCCUGGUGCAGUACAUCUUCGAGACCGGCGAGGAGAAAUUCCUGCUCAAGAAGUUCCACACCGGGAUCUUCUUCUCCUGCGAGCAGGCCGCAGACAUGAACGGCUUCGACUGUCGUGACUUCUCGGAGAUCGCACCUGAACACGAGCGAGGUGUGCUGUGGCUCUGCAUCGUGGCCGAGACCUUGUACCUGGCCCUGCUGUUUGCGGGCGGCGCCCUCAUGAUCCUGGAACAGUGCCCCUGCUUCAGCGUGAUGAACAAACUGAAGCUGAGUGCCUUCGCCGCCAUGUGCACCGCGCUGUCAGGCCUUUGUGGGAUGGUGGCCCACAUGAUGUUCACCACCAUCUUCCAGCUGGCCGUGGCCAUGGGUCCAGAAGACUGGAGACCCAAAACCUGGGACUACAGCUGGUCUUACGCCCUAGCGUGGGGGUCUUUCGGCACCUGCAUGGGCUCGGCGGUCACGGCGCUGAACCGCUACACCAAGACCAUCAUCGAGUUCAAGUUCAAGAGGCGGAACAUUGAGAAGAGCCUGCUGAUCAAGCAGAAGCUGAUGGAGCUGGACCUCCCCGAUCACAUGUGGUACGUGACGGCCGACGCCGAGGCCCCGCUGGAGCUGCCCCCCGCCAACGGCACAAGCCGCCCACGGGGACCGCCUACGUGCUGGAAAUGGACCACGCCACCGAGCCGCAAGGAGAGGCGUAUUGCUAAAAAUAGAAGGGUGACCUUUGACCCUGUGGUCCACUGCAACACAUCCUGGACCCAUUUCCCUCCACCCACUCGACUGUGGGAUUGA